AUUGCGUGCUGGUGUUGAGAGACAGGGAGGUCAGCUCAGCAACCAGAGACAGUAAGCCAUUUCCAGGAUCUUGACUGUGCUUCACGGCCCGUGGUUCAAUCCGGGAUUCAUUGUUUGGAUUACUAGCCGGGGCGCUCGACUCAAACCAUGUCCAAAGCAACAUUCGCAAUCAUCGCCGCAGCGGGUGCUGCCACCGGUGCUGGCGUCACUGCACUUGUCUACUCAGCCAAGGCUUCCCGUCAGCAGCCGCCGGUAUCGCCUGCUCUACCGUCACCAGCCAAACCUCCGGUACCCUCACCGAAACCUGCGGUUAUCCCACAUCCAUCCACUCCGCAGAUACCGACCCGAUUCCCAGCGCCCGUUGAUCCAACCGGCCUCCUCCAGUACGGAUUCCCCGGUCCAAUUGCCGACACCAUAAACAGUGCCCCCCUGGCAAGCGCAUAUGACCGCCGCACACGCAACCCAUCAUGGGUGGCCGAGCACAUCACGCCCGAGUCUCUCAAGCUCAACAACGCCGACCGCAAACACAGCGUCUUCUACGAAGACCAAAGCAUCCCCGCCGCAUUUCGCGCCAAGUUGAGCGAUUACUUCCGCUCCGGGUACGAUCGUGGACACCAGGUUCCCGCCGCAGAUGCAAAAUGGAGCCAGGAUGCCAUGGACGCGACAUUUGCUCUGACGAAUAUGUGCCCGCAGGUUGGGGAGGGCUUCAACCGCGACUACUGGGCGCAUUUCGAGGAAUUUUGCCGAGGAUUGACGAAGAAAUACCCUUCUGUGCGUAUCGUCACUGGCCCGUUGUAUCUACCGAAGAAGGAUCCAACCGAUGGAAAGUGGAAAGUCACCUACGAAGUUAUCGGAAAUCCACCAAAUGUUGCCGUUCCAACACACUUUUAUAAAGUUAUAUUCGCGGAAGAUGGAAAAGAAGGAGGGAAGGUUAGCCUGGGUGCCUUUGUGAUGCCAAACGCGCGCAUCCCAAAUGAGAAGAACCUGUCCGAUUUCGAAGUUCCCUUGGAGGCUGUAGAGCGUGCCAGCGGCUUGGAGUUCACAUCAAAGCUUGCUGCAGACCGGAAGAAGAGGUUAUGUCAGGAAGUGAAGUGUGAGAUCAUGGUGAGAGAGUUCGCGAAGGCAACUAACAGAAAGGCAUUGCCAUCGCCUUGACAUAUCUUAUGAACGAGUUUUUUCCGCACCGUUCUGGGGAAUCUUUUUUUUUAUUAUUAAGAGGUUGGACUUAGAUUAUUUGUGUAUGAUACAGCAUGUUCAUGGGUAUAUAGGCAGCAUGAUGUGAUUGUCUUUUGAUCAAAUGACGUACAGAGUAUGAUCAUU